GUAUCAUGGAAGACUGAUCCUGUCUCAUAGACAUCAUAAGUCAUUCAAGAAAUAUUCCUUUUUUCUGCAUUAACCCUUUCAACACUACUGAUCCAAGUUUGCUCAACAUCAGUGUGCAAUUCGUUACCUCAUUAGAGACACUGCAAAAAUGUCAACAGCGCCCCCACAUUGGAUAUGCUGACGCCCUCUGUACAUGUACUUUGUUAACGUGUGUGCUCUCCUGCGGUGCUCGGUGGACCGUACGCCCCAAUGGGCACCAUAAGAAAGUGCACGUAUAAACAAAGAUUGACCAACUCAGCACAUAGGCCUAUAUGCUUGCUCUGUUGGGCACAUCUCAUACAGAUUGUGCAAUGAAAUUUGUCGCCAUGGAGUCAAACAGGGCACCAAAAGAAUAUGGGGAAAGUGUCUGACAGUGUGCAAAGGCAGGAGAAAACAUUUAAUAAUCAUGGUAAUAUUCAAAUAUUUGAACCUUGAAAAAAUCAAUAUUUGUUAUUGUCACAUCUCUGUAAACACAUUAAUUUCUUUUCUCUAACCCCUCCGGCUCAAAAUCUACAUCUUGGGGGGAGUGGGGGAGUUUCUGAAGAGGCAGACUAUUAUGGUAUGUUAGUUUAUGAAAGUUUUAUGAAACAUUAGUUUAUUACUUGCCAUCAGUGCCAACUUUACCAAAAAUUACCUUUUCCCGUUUCCUUCAUGGUUUCGCCAUGUGAACAUGAAUAAACACUGGAUGUCAAUAGAAACCAUGCUCAGGCUGAUUUGUACCAACGACUGUUGAUUGUUUCCAUUUACACUGCACCAACAGAAGAAACAUGCAGGUAUGACACCAUAAUAACAGUAGGGAGCAACAGCAGUGACGACAUACCAAAACCCACCAUUAUAAUUCAUCACAGUCAAAAGAAACAGAAUGUUUUCUAACUAAUUCUACAAUGACAUAUUAAGACCGACAUUAAAAGUUUCUGUCGUUUUAAAAUUAGUUUUUGAGGACCUGCAGAGUACACGACGCGAUGUAACCUACAUACGCAGCAUCUGAAAUAAUGUCGCUUAGACGGACAACUCCUUCGCACUAUAACGUGCAGGCGAUGGUUGGUGAAAUAUGUCAAUAAUCACCAGGAAGUUGUGCGUUCCCGGUAAUUCACCUGGUGAAUAACCGGGAAUUUCAAGGGUCAUCGUGAAAUGGGGCGCGUUUUCUUAAUCUCAGCCAAAAAAAGUCCCGAAUCGCAACCAAUUUCAAUAGCACAGUCUGAUAUAACCUGCAUUUAUCCUGCCUAUCAAUUCACAUUACCGAGAAUUUCAACAAAGUAAUUGGAAUUUAUGAGGGCAGGUAGAACAAUGCCAUACCCCUAUAAUUAGGAAAAUGAUAAAAAGGUAAUGACAAUACCGUACAAUCUAGAGUAUGCUACAGGCAACUGGAAGGGCUCAUCAGAUGCAAGCAAAAGUCAGUGGAGAUUUUCCUUACAUUUGAAACAUGGAUUUCUCGGCUGUUCUCAAUGAAACCUAUGGCGUCACUAGCGCCAAUUCUUCCGAUGGCGUGAAAUCUAUCUACUCAGCCUACUUGGAACGCCAAAUCUUGUCUGGGUUCGGAUUUGUGGUGGGGGCCGUUGGUUUCUUUGGAAACCUGGCCGUCAUUACCGCCAUAUUGUCAUUCAAGAGACUGCAGACUAGAACCAAUGUGUUCGUUCUGAACCUGGCUGUGGCUGACGUCUUGACGUGUACCGUGUCUCCCCUGCAAGCCCUGACAGUCUUGCACGACGAGUUGGUCAUCCCGCCUUGGUCGUGCAAGCUGGUUGCGUUUUGUCUGGUCACCUGCAUUGGGUGCAGCAUCAACACCCUUGCCUGCAUCGCCGUCAACCGACUAGUUCGCAUCACCACCAUGGCGAUGUACCACAAGCUUUACACCCCCUUCAAACUCUUUUUAAUGAUCUCCGUGUCGUGGUGUGUGCCCAUAGCCGUGGCCACCAUCCCGCUCUUCACCGAUCACGCCGAGUACGGCUUCAACAACGUCUACAAAUCCUGUACUUGGGAAUCCAAAACGUCCUACGAUCUGACUUACGCAAAGCUUAUUGCCAUAAUGUUCUUCCCCUUGCAAUUCACCAUCCUCUUUGCAAGCUACUUGAAGAUUUACGUGUACGUGAGGAAGAAGACUCAAUCGAUGUUGAGACUGAGCAGCUCCGGAGACACAAUCGGGUCGGGCUCGCAGGCAAUUCAACGACAGCUCUGGAGGCGUCAGGUGGCAGUGACCAAGAAUCUCUUCCUGGUGGUUUGCGUCUUCCUCCUCUGCAUGAUCCCGUACUUCGCAACGAUUGGACUACCGAUCCCCGUCAUCAGGAGUCUUCUGUCCUACGCAGCGGCAAUCCUCAUGACCAACAGUUCACUCAAUCCUAUCAUCUACGGGACCAAACACCCAGAUUUCAGGAUGGCAUUUGCUUACAUCUUGUGCUACCGACGGAAGAGGCAUCACCUGGGUCCAAAGGUGACAGCUUUAUCGGGACAGAAUCGCUCUGACACUCGAACCAUCGCUGCAAAUAUGCCUCAGCAGAUGGUGUAACAUUUUUGUGUUCAACUGUCUGGUUGUUUACUUUUCAACAUAAUAUCCUAUUGUAUUUUGAAGAUGAAAAUUACUUUCUCUUUUAAUAAUAUUCCAUUAUUGAAAUUCGCACCCACUGCAGUGCACUGUUCACCAAAUGCAUCACUAGUACAGGAAUGUUAUAACAGGAAAAUAAGUAUUUCGGGUUUAUGAAAAUGGGACUUUUAGCUAUAUGAUUUUCUUUUUCUUUCGAACACAGGCGCUUAGAGUGAAGUUUUUUAGUUUAACUAGUUUAAUAGUUUAACUUAUUGUUUAUAUUUAAUGCACUCUACGUACAAACAUUCCUGCAAUUUUUUGAGCAAUGAACUGUUAUCUUUGGCAUCGGAGUAAAACACGGACAAUUUGUAAGAGACACUUCAUAUCAUCGGUACCACAAAUUAACCUGAAAGCACAUAAGCAGUAGAUGAUUUAAAUAAUUCGGACGGUGUGGUAAGCGUGAAAAGGUUAAUAAACUAUUGACAUGACACACGACUGGUUGAUUGAAGACAAAAUGACACAGAUUUGCUUUGUGUGAUUGAGAAGAUGGGUGUCGUUUUCAGUACGAUGAAAUCGCUUCGAAAAUGGAAGCAAUUAAGCAAAAUUAUCGAUCAGGUAAACAAACAAGCACAAAACAGAAGCCGACCAAGCGUUUGUCUGUCUGUCUCAGCCACCUAUCGACAGUGGGCUGUGCCAACUGACCGCCAACCAAUGCAAUCUGCUGUCCAAUUCCACAGAGCUGUUAUGCACCGAUCUGUGCUACGUUUGGAAAAUACUCCCUCAGCAAGUAACAUGUUACCAGAGCAAAUAAGCCAUAAAAGUGCGAAAAAAGUAAAACGUAUGUCUACACCUUAGCGAAGCUGAAGUUGAAGGAACCAAAAUAUAAAAGGCCACAUUUGAGAGCAAAGUUCGAUCAACUCAGUGACAUUAUUGGAAUUCUCCAAUUACAACAAUACGUUAAUAAGUGAAGAAGUCAGAAAUAUUUCCACCAAUGAACGCUUAUGGUGAAUAAAAAAGGCAAUUGCGAAUUGACAACGGGUGACCUCGCCAAAGUGCCAAUUUGCAAUGGUCAAAUACGGUUAAAUUUCUGAAACGAACUAUCCGAAGUUUGCAAGGCAACUGUUUUAUGAGGCAGGUUGUAAAAACACACCUACAGAAAAUAAAUGAACCACAGUUAUUGUCAAACUCUACAUAAAUGCACAUGCAUUCAAGCAGGUAGCCUACAUAUCCACUCACGCAGAGACGAAGUCAUGAGUAAUAAGUCCAGCAAACCUUUCAACUUUUCACUAAUGCGUAGUUUCACAACCUAUCAAAUUACCCAAUCGUACCCUUUCAUUCAAGGGCAUUUUAAAAGGACUGGCACCACAAGCAUUGAGGUUUCCUGUGCUAUGAGAGAUUUAAGUGAUCGAUUCACGGACAGCCGAACGCCUCCACUCCGGCCAGCUCCGCUUAAUUGAUAUCUUAAUAACUGUGUAACAGUAGCCUUUAAAAGGGGCUGCCAUUGAAGUCAUUUAACAAGUUAUCUUUAUGACGGCAUUUGAUGGAUGAGGUUGCAUACCUGAGCCAGGGCAAACGUGGCUUCAUAAGAUUUCCAUUCUUGUUUCUAUUUUCUUUUCUACUGAUGUCCAUGACAAUUAAUUGUAUGAAAGCAGGCGAGGCCGUGCACCCGCUAAGUGGACGCGUGCGGACAAUUUUGUUCGGAAUUGUUUUUGAAGUGGACAAAUACAAGGGCUCUUCCAGCGGCACCGUGCCUUUCGCUUAUGAUGCGCUCAUCCCUGUAGGUAAUUGCAUUUGACAUUGAUGAGGGUUAUAAUGGCCUCGAUAGGAACGAGAUAAUGAACUGGGUAGUCAUCCGUCCCCGUGCCAUUAAGCAUCAGUUGCAAUUUGGCAUGCGAGAUCGGCAAGCUAGUAUAAAAGACACUGCUUAUAGAGAAAUCCGCACACGAUAUGGUUUGGGCUAGAAUCAUCUUUACGAUCUAGAGGGACACCUGUUUGAACACUUGCUCCUCUGCAAUAACGAAGAGACUGCAAGGUACCAUUUUCCAAAUUUUAAAAUGGAAGUGGAUUGCAGCAGUCAUUGAAAUUAUUUGACUUAAAGAGUUUGGCAUACAACGUUUUCCCGCCUUAAUACGUCUAAUUAAUCAUAUAAUAAAGAACUUGACACCUGUAAACUGCCAGAGAACAUGGAAGGGUUGAUUAAUAUUAGCUCCUCUAACUCAUCCGAGAUGUCCAACGAAUUUCCAAAUUCCACUACUGACCCACGCGUCUAUCGUUCCUCCGUCGAACGCCAGGUCCUCUCCGCGAUUAUUUUCUUC